GAGAGAGAGAUUAAAUGUUGGCUACGCGGGAACAUGAUCAAUGCCACAGUUCUGCGGGAGGUUUCACUCGAUGGAAGAAAGAAUGCACGCCGCUGCGCGCACCACUUUGCCGGGCUGCCACGCGUAAAAGCCACAAAGCGUCUCCUCGCGUGCACACGCACGCACGCUGACCUGACCGGGCGUCCUCAUGCGUGAGUCUCGUCAUCUUUCAAGAGGAAUGUGAAAUUACCUGGACAAGUACGACGGGCUUCUCGGGCUUUCACCUCACACGCAGACCUCUGAGGUUGGUCGGAGCCCCGAGGGGAUGGGAACGUGCGUGCAUAAAAGAUGGACUUAUGGCCGCUUGACUAAACUUCACGGCCCUCUGAAGGUCAUGUCACGGUUCGGGGCACUCGGGCUACUGACGCUCAUCCUCAUGAGUCAAAGGAUAACUGCCGGACAGACGGUGAACAUCUUCCCGUCGGAGCGGCGAGAGUGGCCGUUGAACCACCUCUCCGUGCAUCAGUCCACGGGGUCCCUCUACGUCGGCGCCGUCAAUCGGAUUUACAAGCUGUCAGCCAACCUCACGCUCCUAGUAUCCCACGCCACGGGGCCCGAGUACGACAACAAAGCCUGCUACCCUCCUCUGAUUGUGCAGCCCUGCUCGGAGCCCCUCGCCUCGACGGACAACGUCAACAAGCUGCUGCUCAUCGAUUACUCCCACAACCGCCUCCUGGCGUGCGGUAGCCUCUACCAGGGCGUCUGCAAGCUCUUGAGACUUGAUGACUUGUUCAUCCUCGGCGAGCCAACUCAUAAGAAGGAACACUACCUGUCCAGCGACACACAGUCGGGGACCAUGUACGGGGUGGUGGUUCCCUCCCUGGUUCAGGAUGCCACGCUCUACAUCGGUACAGCAGUUGGAGGGAAGCAGGACUACUUCCCGACUAUCUCCAGCCGCAAGCUGCCUCACGACCCGGAAUCGUCCGCCAUGCUCGACUACGAGCUUCACACCGACUUCGUCUCGUCGCUCAUCAAAAUCCCCUCAGACACCUUGGCUCUUGUCCCGCAUUUCGACAUCUACUACAUCUAUGGCUUUGAUAGUGGUCAUUUUGUCUACUUCAUGACCGUCCAGCCGGAGACACCGGAGAACGGAAUGCCGUCCGGGGGCUCGCCCGACGACCUGUUCUACACCUCACGCAUCAUCCGCCUCUGCAAAGGCGACAAGAAGUUCCACUCUUACGUGUCGCUUCCAGUGGGUUGCCUUCACCGGGGUGAGGAGUACCGUCUGCUGCAAGCGGCCUAUCUGUCCAAGGCUGGCAGGAUCUUGGCCCAGACACUUAACAUCAGUGCUCAGGAUGACGUGCUCUUUGCCGUCUUUUCCAAGGGACAGAAGCAGUAUCACGAUCCGUCCGAUCACUCCGCACUGUGCGUUUUCACCAUCCAGGACAUUAACACACGCAUCACGGAGAGGCUGCGGUCGUGCUACCAGGGAGAAGGACACCUGGAGCUGCACUGGCUGCUGGGAAAGGACGUGCAGUGCACUAAGGCGCCUGUCCCCAUUGACGACCACUUCUGCGGCCUGGACAUCAAUCAACCUCUGGGGGGCUCUCAGCUGGUAGCGGGCCGCACAGUUUACUUGGAGAGUCGCGAAAGGCUGACCUCGGUCAUCUCUUACACCUAUAAUGGACACAGUGUGGUCUUCCUGGGCACCAAGAAUGGGCGCCUCAAGAAGAUCCGAGUGGACACUCCGCUGGACGCAGGAGUGUUGUACGAGACACUAACCGUGACAAAGGACAGCGACCCUGUCCUCCGUGACAUGGCCUUCUCUCUGGACAAGACCUCGCUCUACAUCAUGUCCAACAAUCAGGUAUCCCAGGUCCCCGUAGAGGCCUGCGAGCAGUACACAACGUGUGCAGAAUGCCUGAGCUCCGGGGACCCUCACUGCGGUUGGUGUGUCCUACACAACACGUGCUCAAGAAGGGAUCGCUGUCUGAGGGCAGACGAGGCCUACCGCUUCAACACCGACAUUGACCGCUGCGUGAAAGUCAUCGCUCACCCGGACAGCAUCGCUGUAUCGGCCCACAGCGUCCCGCUGCUGCUGGAGGUGAACCACGUUCCCGACCUUUCGGCAGGAGUCACCUGUUCCUUUGGGCAACAGGCCGAGGUGGAGGGUCACGUCAAUGGCAACAGGGUCAUGUGUCUGUCCCCAGAUGGGAAGGAGGUCCCGAUGAUACCAGAAGGACAAGACUGGGCCGGCGUGGAGUUAAGGUUGAACUCCAAGGAGACGGGUCAAAUGGUCGCCAGCACGGAGGUGAAGUUCUACAAUUGCAGCACGCAUCACAUGUGUCUGUCUUGCGUAAACAGCACAUUUCGCUGCCACUGGUGUAAAUACCGCAACAUGUGCACCCAUGACCCGAGCAGCUGCUCCUUCCAGGAGGGCAGAGUCAACGCCUCAGAGGACUGCCCUCAGCUCCUCCAUUCCGGUCAGAUUCUCAUCCCGGCCGGUGAAGUGCGACCAAUCACCCUGAGAGCCCGCAAUCUCCCGCAGCCGCAGUCCGGCCAACGGGGCUACGAGUGCGUGGUGACCGUGCAGGGCGUGGGCCACCGCGUCCCGGCGCUGCGCUUCAACAGCACCAGCGUGCAGUGCCAGAACAGCUCGUACAUGUAUGAGGGCAUGAAGAUCAGCGACCUGGCGGUGGAGCUCGCCAUUGUGUGGAACGGCAAUUUCAUCAUCGACAAUCCAGAGAAGAUUAAAGUGCACCUGUACAAGUGCAGCGCCCAGCGAGACAGCUGCGGCAUGUGCCUGCGGGCAGAGAAGAAGUUUCAGUGCGGCUGGUGCAGCAGCGAAGGCAGGUGUACCAUGAAGCGCCACUGCCCGCCCAUCUCGCCCUACGCCAGUCGCUGGCUCGACCUCUCCGCUGCAAAUGUCAAGUGCACCAACCCGCGCAUCACUGAGGUGAGCCCAGUUGCUGGACCUCUGGAGGGCGGGACACUGGUUACCAUCCAGGGCCUGAAUCUGGGGCUGUCCUUCUCUGAGUUGGAGGGCAAUGUGAAGGUGGCGGGAGUGGAGUGCGUCCCACAAGAGGAGGGCUACAUUACCGCCGAACAGAUUGUGUGCGAGAUGGUCGCUGCCCCCAAAGGAAGCGUGCCAGGCCCGGUGAAGCUUUGCGUGGGCGAAUGCAGACCAGAACUACGUGCGCAGUCCAACCAGCUCUACUCUUUUGUGACCCCUUCCUUGCUGGCGCUUACCCCGGGCAGAGGACCGGAAUCGGGGGGUACUAAGGUCACUAUUGUUGGAGAGAAUCUGGGUGCUGGCAGCUCUGUCACUGUGUACUUUGGCAACCAAACAUGUGAGCUGUUCAGGAGGACUAUGUCGGAGAUGGUUUGUUUUUCUGCUCCAUCUGUGACUGGAGCAGGGCCGGUGCAAGUGGGUCUGCAGGUAGACCGGGCGAAGGUUCCUGGUAGUCUAUCCUUUGAGUACAUACAAGACCCCACGGUGCAACGCAUUGAGCCCCUGUGGAGCAUUGCAAGUGGCCACACCACACUGACGGUGACCGGGACCAACCUGGACGUGGUGCAGGAGCCAAGAGUCCGAGUCAAAUACGCUGGCCACGAGUCUGUCAAUGUGUGCAAAGUGCUGAACACGACCACCAUCAGCUGCUUCGCUCCGUCGCUGCAGUUUGAAUACGACGGCGGCCAAGCGGAGAGCGUCAAGCACGUGGAUGAGUUUGGCUUUGUUUUCAACAACGUUCAAGCACUGCUCACCUACAGCAACAGCAGCUUCGUCUACUACCCCAAUCCCUACUUGGAGCCCCUCAGUCUGUCUGGCAUCCUGGAGCAGAAACCGGGCUCGCCCAUCAUUCUAAAAGGUCGUAAUUUGGUGCCAUCGGCGUCGGGAGGUGCCCGGCUGAACUACACGGUGCUGAUCGGGGACACGCCCUGCUCCCUCACAGUGUCCGACACACAGUUGCUCUGCGAGCCGCCAAACCUCACCGGCCAGCACAAAGUCCUGGUCCAAGUGGGAGGACUUCACAUCUCUCCAGGAGAAGUCCACAUCCGCUCUGACAGCCUUCUCACGCUGCCCGCCAUCAUGAGCAUCACUGCAGGAGGCGGGCUGCUUCUUGUGGUGGUGGUCAUCGUACUGCUCGCCUACAGGCGGAAGUCGCAUGAGAACGACUUGACACUAAAGCGGCUGCAGUUGCAAAUGGACAACCUGGAGUCUCGAGUGGCUCUGGAGUGCAAGGAGGCCUUCGCAGAGCUGCAGACAGACAUCAAUGAACUGACAAGCGACCUGGACCGGGCAGGCAUUCCCUACCUGGACUACCGCACUUAUGCUAUGAGGGUUCUCUUCCCUGGCAUUGACGAUCACCCUGUGCUCAGAGAUCUGGAGGUGCCGGGGAGCGGACAGGCGAGUGUGGAGAAAGCCUUGAAGCAGUUUGCACAGCUGCUGAACAAUAAAGUCUUCCUGCUCACAUUCAUUCGCACGCUGGAGAUGCAACGCUCAUUCUCCAUGCGGGACCGAGGCUACGUGGCCUCUCUCAUCAUGACGGCGCUGCAGGGGCGGCUGGAGUACGCCACCGAUAUUCUCAAACACCUGCUCUCAGACCUGAUAGAACGCAAUUUGGAGAGCAAGAACCACCCCAAGCUGCUGUUGCGCAGAACUGAGUCGGUGGCGGAGAAGAUGCUGACAAACUGGUUUGCAUUCCUACUCCACAAAUUUCUCAAGGAGUCUGCCGGAGAGCCCCUCUUCAUGCUGUUCUGUGCCAUCAAACAGCAAAUGGAGAAGGGACCCAUCGACGCAAUCACCGGCGAAGCACGCUACUCCCUCAGUGAGGACAAACUCAUCCGCCAGCAGACGGAAUAUAAGACGCUGACGCUGAGCUGCGUGAACCCAGACAACGAGAACAGUCCAGAGAUCGCCGUCAAGGUGCUCAACUGCGACACCAUUAGCCAGGUGAAGGAGAAGAUACUCGACGCCGUGUACAAGAACAUGCCCUGCUCCCAGCGACCGCGAGCAAACGACAUGGACCUUGAGUGGCGUCAAGGCAGGACGGCACGUGUGGUUCUUCAAGAUGAAGACAUCACCACUAAGAUCGAGGGUGACUGGAAAAGACUCAACACACUACUCCACUACCAGGUGACAGAUCGCUGCGUGGUGGCUUUGGUGCCCAAACAGAUGUCGUUAUUCAACAUCCCGUGCUCGGCCAGCUUCCCGAGAAGUAUCAGCAGAUAUGGCGUGGAUAUCCCCUUCCGCUCCACGCCCACCAGCCCUGACAGCCCACACUCCCGUGUGCCCAUGCUGACCCCCGACUUGGAGAGUGGGGUCAAAGUUUGGCACUUGGUCAAGAACCACGAGCAUGGAGACCAGAAGGAAGGCGAGAGAGGCAGCAAAAUGGUGUCGGAGAUUUACCUUACCAGGCUUCUGGCGACAAAGGGCACGCUGCAGAAAUUUGUGGAUGACCUGUUUGAGACGCUGUUCAGCACCGUCUGCCGGGGCACAGCCCUGCCGCUCGCCAUCAAAUACAUGUUUGACUUUCUGGACGAGCAAGCCGACACACAUGGCAUCUACGACACGGAUGUCCGCCACACUUGGAAGAGCAACUGCCUUCCCCUACGCUUCUGGGUGAACGUGAUCAAGAACCCGCAGUUUGUCUUCGACAUUCAUAAGAGCAGCAUCACCGAUGCCUGCCUGUCCGUGGUGGCCCAAACCUUCAUGGACUCGUGUUCCACCUCCGAGCACCGUCUGGGCAAAGACUCACCCUCCACCAAGUUGCUCUACGCCAAGGAUAUCCCGCACUACAAAAGCUGGGUAGAAAGGUACUACGCCGACAUCAACCGCCUGCCUGCCAUCAGCGAUCAGGACAUGAAUGCCUAUCUGGCUGAGCAGGCGCGCCUCCACUCCAGCGAGUUCAAUGCCCUCAGUGCACUCCACGAGAUCUACAGCUACGUCAGCAAAUACAGCCAGGAGAUCACGGAGGCGCUGGAGCAGGACGAGCAGGCCCAGAAGCAGAAGUUGGCAUAUAAAGUGGAGCAGAUCAUCGCAGCCAUGUCUGCCGAGAGCUGAGACGUACGCCAACAUACGUACAUACGCACACACGCCCACGCA